AUGUUAGACGUUUUUCGCGGAUUAAAAAAUCUCAUAAAGGUGAACUAUGUACACAUCGACUCACCGGUGUUUAGGCUACAUUAUUCUAUAACUGUCAUACUACUGAUCUCGUUCAGCCUUAUCGUCACGACCAGACAGUACGUCGGAAAUCCAAUAGACUGCAUCCACACCAAGGAUAUACCAGAGGACGUGUUGAACACAUACUGCUGGAUACAUUCAACGUACACCCUUAAGAGUUUCUUCAACAAGAAGGUCGGCGUCGAGGUGCCAUACCCAGGCAUCGGGAACAGCCGCGAGAAAGGGAAGGAAGAUAUGAGUGAUAGGAAGAUUUAUAAAUACUACCAAUGGGUGUGUUUUUGCCUAUUCUUUCAGGCACAAAAUAUGACGAUCAAAGCCAGCCAAUAUUUUGAUUACAAAUUCCUUAUGAUCGCGAGAUUAGCGAGAUUAACGGCCCGUUAA